AUGUCCUGGGACUCCGCCAACAUCGCCUUGUCGCAGUCGCUCAAGGAAUUGCAAGAGGCGCAGGGGAAGCUCGAUCAGUCUGCGUACGACACUCCCGUACUUUCCGUGGUGCAUGAUGCUAGAGAACGGACGUAUGAUGUGGUGUGUCUGCCGCUGUCGAACGAGAACUGGAGAGAGCGAUGGAGGAGUAUGUGCGUGAUCCCAGUCGGACAGAUGGAGGGAGAGAACUCGGAGGCAGAACGACGAGCUGAGACAUGGAGGGCCAAUCCAUGCUUUCUACGGGACGAAGUGACGAUGUCGCGCCUGGACGAAGCAGACGGCGUGUCUGUGAUGGUUUCAGACUGGCUGGAGUUGGACGCAUCUGACGAUUGGGUUAGACAUGAUUCUGAGAUCGCUCUCCAACAAGAAUUAUCCUACGCUUCAUAUCUCAAUGUCCAAACUGUUAUACUUCCUCCUCCACGGAACAGAGAGCAGAUAGCAUCAUAUGGUCGCGCGAUCAACAAGUGUCUCGAACAGACACCAUAUAUGCAGCUCUCUGUCCGUCUCCCCAUAUACGACCCUUCAAUAUUCGAGCCAAAGCAGACUCGGGAAACAUCACUCUCUGAUAUUCACGGUUCUCCUAAUGGGAGAUCGACACCUGAUAUUCGCACACCCGACCUGCGCAGAUCUCCCCCAUCUACCCGAGCAUCAGAGGGUGAGCUAAAUGCCACGUGGGAAAUGUGGGAUGCUAUCCGGUCGAUCUGCGACUAUAACCCGCGACUUACAUUGACUUUGGACCUCACACCUCCCCUCCCUUCCGUUCCUGGCGUGCUCAACAGAUGGGCCGCUGAGCCCAUUAGACACGUCUUUCUCCCAGCCUCAACUUUUAUUGCUAACACAAAAGGCUAUCCUGUCCUCCCGAAAGGGACGCAGAAAUUCAUCCGGGAUAUCAUGAAGCAUCGACCGACGUUGAUCUUAUCUGGUCCUGCUACUGGGCUGCACAAUCGUGGCGGGGAGGCUGCGUAUCUGCAGUACGUACGUUAUCUGGAGAAAACAAGCCCUGCAGUUGUGCAGGUGAAGACUCCUGGGACGGUCGAACAUUUUGCACAAGGAUACCAAGAUUAUCUGCAAGCGCCGUUGCAGCCUCUCAUGGAUAAUCUGCAAAGCGUCACCUACCAAACAUUCGAACAAGACCCUGUGAAGUACCAAAAAUAUGAAGAGGCCGUCUUCAUGGCAUUGUCUGAAUGGCCGGAGUGUGACAGAAUCGUGAUCUAUGUCGCCGGUGCCGGACGAGGUCCCCUCGUGGCAAGAUGUCUGAACGCCAUAGAAAGUUCGAAGCGAAACGCCUUCGUUUAUGCUCUCGAGAAAAACCCGAGUGCAUAUGUAACAUUACAAGGACGGAAGGAGCAUGAAUGGAAGGAUAAGGUCAAUGUAUUAUUUGGCGACAUGCGGACUAUUCAGGUGCCCGAACUUGCGGACAUUAUUGUCAGCGAAUUGUUGGGAUCCUUUGGGGACAAUGAGCUUAGUCCGGAAUGUCUCGACGGUGCCAUGAGGUUCUUGAAGCCCGACGGCAUCUCCAUACCUGCAUCAUAUUCAGCGUACCUCGCUCCGCUGUCCUCCUCGAAACUGUAUAAUGAAGUUCGAGUGGGGAAGGACAGCAAGGCCUCUGAGACCCCUUAUGUUGUCAUGUUCCAAGCGGUGAACAUCCUUAGUGGUGAUGGUGGUGGCGCGGAAGGCCGAUGCGGGCCCAAAGUACAAGAGUGCUGGGAUUUCGAGCAUCCGCGAAGAGACGCUGUCUUGAACGAACUUGGUUUGCCGCCUACGAAUACGCACAAUACGCGCUCGGCCAAGUUGACCUUCCAUAUCCCCCACGCGGGUGUACUGCACGGCCUGGCAGGCUACUUCGAGGCCAUGCUCUACGGCGACGUUGGUCUGAGUAUUCACCCAUUUCGAAAAGACCAGAUAUCCAAGGAUAUGUUGAGCUGGUUCCCUCUUUUCUUUCCUCUCAAAGAGCCGUUGUACCUGCCGAGUAAUUCCGAGCUUCAAGUCUCCAUCUGGCGCCUCACGAACCAACGCCAAGUCUGGUACGAAUGGUAUGCCGAGUCCUUCCUUCCAGUCUUCCACCCCCCUUCGGAUAAAUCGCCCUCACCGAAAGUGGACGGUCGGGGUUCGUUCAUCGCAACGCCUUCAACACCGCUGGCUACCCCGAGUCCUCUGAUAGAUGCUAUCGACAACCCCUUCGUUGUUGAAAAGCCGGAACAGAUGAGACAUAUAGAGGACGUGGCGAAGAUAGAAGCUGGAGUUGUGAAAAUUGGGCAGACAUCGUUGCAUAAUCCGGGAGGACGGAGUAGUUGGAUUGGGUUGUGA